AUGGACGGGGGGGGCGGUUCCCAGACCCCGCUGCAUUUCCAGCACGACCCCGAGCGCUCGGUGCUGACCCUGCGGCGCCCGGGGACUCCCCGGGACCCCCGGGCCGCCCCCAGCCCCAUUUUAACCCCCCCAUUUCCCCCCAGGCCGGUGCAGAAGGCGGAGCUGGUGCGCCUGUCCCAGACCCUGCUCCACGUCCCCGCCCUGCACUGGGUGGUGGUCGAGGACGCCGCCGCCCCCUCGGCGCUGGUGGGGGGGGUCCUGGCGUCCUCGGGGGUCUCCUUCACUCACCUGAGCGCCGAGACCCCCCCCGAUCUGCGGGGGGGCCCCGGGGCCCCGUCCUGGCUGUUCCCGAGGGGGGCGGAGCAGCGGAACCGCGCCCUGCGCUGGCUGCGGGACACGCGCGGCCGCGACGAGCCCGGCGUGGUGUACUUCGCCGACGAUGACAACACCUACAGCCUCAGGCUCUUCGAGGAGAUGCGCAGCACCCGCGGCGUGUCCGUCUGGCCGGUGGGGCUGGUGGGGAUUCCCCUAUAA